GAAGGAGCGUCAACCCCUCAUUCCUCUUUGAAGAGUUCAGUUAAGAGGAAGGCUGACGGAAAGGACGAUCCUCCUUCUAAGAAGGUAGCUGUCAGUGCAGGGGAUGUGCCUUCCACGAAGUCGCCUCCCAAGUCUGGUCACGGUGCUGGGAAAGGAGUGAUGACCUCUUCUGGUCCCGUCAUUGAGGGACCCCGUUGCUUGCUGACCCACAAGGAUUAUGCUGUUGAGGGGGUAGAAUCCCUCAUAAAACAGACGGAUCUUGACCCUUGUGCUCAGCUAGGGACGGAAGACCUGGGGGCGUCAGCUUUCUUUGACAUAGCACGGGCCUUGGUUCGUGUAAAAGCACUUCAAGACCGGUGCGUGGCCAAAGAAGGCGUCGUUUCUCGGGUUAGGAGGCAUAACGCCAAUCUGAUGGAUCAGCAAGCGCAAUAUAAGGAGGCCGUCCGUCUCUUAAACUCAGAGCUGAAGGAUGUAAAGGAGAAGUUGGGAGAGGCUGAGGGUCAGCAGAAGAAGCUUGAGGAGGAGGUUUCAUCCUUACGUGCACAAGUAGAGACGGCUGGGACUGAUGCGGUCCAAAAAUUCAAGACAACCCAGUCAUUUAUUGACUCCUGCGCUGAUUAUUACGGCACAGGUUUCGACGAUUGUCUGAGGCAGGUAGCGUCAGCUUAUCCAGAGUUGGAUCUAUCCGGAAUUACCAUGGACGCCUCCGUGCCGAUGACUCCUGCUCGUGAAACUGUUGCUGACAAAGGUGACGGACCUAUUAGUUUGGACUCUUUGCUUAAUGAUGCCGGAGUUAUUUUGGCUCAGCCAGCCGUCACUAUUCCUGCCGAGUCUUCAGAUGCGGCACAAAUUGCCAAGGAUAAAGCUGACGGGGUCUCCAAGGAUGUUCCUGCCAUUUAACCAUAGCUUUUCUAUUGUAAUUUUUGAACAAUGUUUUUAAAUGUCCUUUUGUUUAUUGGGCUUUUUACCUGUAACUCUAUUUGCCCCUUUUUAUGGCACUUGGAAUUCGUCGCUUUGAACAUGUAUACUGAUUCUAAUUUCUUAUGGCCCCAUUUAUUUGAUGAGAUCGUUAUUUUUUUGAUUUUUUAGCCCCUUUUUAUCAUUUCUACGGGCUUGUUGGUUUGAGAACCACGUUUGUAAGUAGGGUCUUACUUUUUCGUUAGACCGUCAUCUAUUGGACCGUCUGCCUUAUAGGUCCGUUAGUUUUAGGACCUGGUCCAUAUGAUGAUAUUUUCAUCUAUUGGAUCGUUGACUUUGUUGGACCGUCACUUUUUUAAUUUUGGUUUUUCCGGACCGUUGUUUUCUUGGCCUUAGCCUUGACGUUUUUGACACCUUUAUUAGUCCGUCAGUUUUUUAAGUCCU